AUGGAGCUUUUGCAUGUGAAAAAUCUUAGGAAUUUGAUUCAUGUUGAAUCAGUGUCUACACAAGUGACUGAGACUAUCCAAGCUGAGAAAGUAAUUGCCACUGCCCCAAAAACAGAGGCUCCAGCCGCUGACGAGCCGCCAAAGGCCACCGAGCCGGCUACAGAGGAAGCUCCGGCUAAGAAAUCUACCGAAGAAGCUGCAGCUGUAGAGGAAAAGGCGGCUCCAGAGCCUGAGCCGGCUGCCACCGAAGCAGAGCCGGAGAAAGUCGCGGCUGAGGAGCCGUCCGCUGCCGAAGCCGAGCCGGAGAAAGUCGCGGCUGAGGAGCCGUCCGCCGCCGAAGCCGAGCCGGAGAAAGUCGCGGCUGAGGAGCCGGCCGCCACCGAAGCUGAGCCGGAGAAAGUCGCGGCUGAGGAGCCGGCGGCUGUGGAAGCCGCCGCUGAGGAGGCUCCGGCUGAGAAAACAGAGGAAACGGCUCCGGUGGCCGAGGAGCAGGCAGCCGAGCCAGCAGAAGAGGUUCCGGUGGAGGAAGCUGCUCCGGCAGCCGAUGAGAAGGCUGAGCCGCCGGCUGAGGAAGGGGAGAAGCCAGCUGGAGAGGAUGCCACCAAGAAAGCUGAGGAGUGA